AUAAAGAAACAACGAAAUUAAAAUCAAUCUAUCUAAAUGAAUAUAUAUAUGUUUAUUUAAAUGAUUUAGAUAAUCAUGUUAAUCAAUUAAUUGAUUCAUUAGAGAUUCAACGUGAAAGUGUUUCAAUGCUUAUUUCAUUUUGGAUAACAUUAACUAGUAAUGAAGUACAAGGAAUAUUUAAAAUUCUUAUGCUUAUAACUGUUUUAUUUAUGCCAUGUAACUUAUUAGCUGGUAUGCAUUCAACAAAUUUUAAAACACAACCACAAUACCAAUAUAUAAAUGGUUAUUAUAUUAUACUUUCUAUUUUAGCUGUGGUUCUUAUUGGUAUGAUUACAUGGUAUAGAAUUAAACAAUGGAUAUAA